UCGGGUGAAGAAGGGUGAAGGCGGAUAUCCACAAACCAACACACACAUCACAAACGAGGGGGGGCAGUGCUGACAGAGAGGGGGAGACAUGGGAGACAGGGAAGCAAAGUAGAGUGGUGAGAAGCAGAGAGUGAGACACUGAGCAGGCUGCCUGUGAGGAGGAUUCACCUCUGACUGAAUGAAAACUUUCUAGGGAAGGUAGAAGUGAUCAUUUGAGAGUCCCAGGGUGUUAGUUUUUAAGGAAAGUCUGAUUUGACCUUUGAUCCAGUGGAUAAACAGACAUUUCUGGACAUCAUGGAUGGAGAAUCAUCCAAUAAAGAGGCAUCUGGGUCCGCAGAGACGACCGCUCAGACUGACACCAACAACAACAACAAUCAGACAGAAGAGCCAGAGCUGGAAGAGAGUAAAGACCCAGGGAGAGAGCCUCCAGCAGAGGAGACACCGGAAGGUCAGGGAGCAACAAAGGAGGGGGAGAAGGAGGAGAAGGUGAAGGAGGAUUCAGUACCAGAGCAGGGAGGAGAAGAGGAGGCCAGCGCUGGAGGCACAGACAAGGCCCAGACAACUCCAUCAAAGCAUGUUGAAGGUGACGCCACAGAAGCUGAACAAGAUAAAGACAAAGCCUCUACUGAUGUCAACGUGAAAGAUACUGAACCAACAAGCAAAGAAAAAGAUGGAGAGGGAGAGAAAAAUGAAGACAAGAAAGGUGAGCAGGUGGAAGAGGUCAAGAGCUGCGAGUCUGGGGGAGAAGGAGAGGAUGUGACGGACAAAAACAAAGAGAAAAAGAAGAGUAAAACAGAGGAAAAGGCAGAAGAAGCAGAAAAAGAUGUGAGUGAAAAAGCAGCAAAAGGGACAGAGAAGAAAAAACAAGUCGAGGAAGUGAAUGUAGAAACAAAAGACAAAGGGAAGCCGGCAGAGGUGGAAAAGCAAGCAAAGCCCAAAAGAAAGUGUGGUCCUCCCUCCUCUGCUCUCUCACGACCGAGACAAUCUGCACGCUCUAUAAGGGCAGCCGCUAGAAAUGACAUCAUUGCCAAAUUCCAAAAAGGUGCACCAGAGACACCAAUAGCCCGCAACUUCAAAAUUCAGAAGUCAGCAUCAGCUGGAGCUACAGGAGCUACUAUCAAACAGAAGAUUCUUCACUGGUGUCAAAACAAGACUCGCCGUUAUGAGGGUGUCGAGAUAGAAAACUUCUCAUCAUCCUGGAGUGACGGGAUGGCGUUCUGUGCUCUGAUCCAUCGUUACUUUCCUGAUGCUUUUGACUUCAGCUCCCUGAAUUCGAAGGAGAGGGAGAAAAACUUCACUCUGGCCUUCCAAACUGCAGAGUCCCUGGCCGACUGCUACCCUCUGCUGGAAGUGAAGGACAUGCUCAUGAUGGGCAACAACCCUGACCCUAUGUGUGUGUUCACAUACGUCCAGUCCCUCUGCCAAAGCCUCUCCAAAAUAGAGAAAGAGAGGAAGGACAAAGAAACAGCAGAGAAAGACAAAAAAGCUAGUGAUGAGGGAGAAGAGAAGGGAGAAGAUGCAGCAGGAGAGGCGUCACCGGAGAAGGAUGAGGGAGAGUCUGCUGAGAUCGAGACGACAGAGAGCCAAGAGGAGAAACAGGAAGAUGUUGAAGAGGCAGAGGCAGCUGGCGAGGAAGAAAAUGCACCAGACAGCUGUGAGACAGAGGGAGAUGGAGGAAUGUUAGUCAAGGCAGAGUCCUAGAAAAAUGCUGAUGGAAAGAGACUGAAAAGACCAAAAGUAUUGCUGAUGGUUCACUGAGUAGCUGAAGUCUUAGUCUGGUGUUGGAUUGACUACAGGCAAUGUGAUGUUAGUUAUCUGUUUGUGUGUUUUUGUUGUUGCAUAUGUUUGUUUUGAGCACAUAAAGCAGAAAUAUUCAGUUCCACCAUUUGCUGUGUAUUUAUAGAAAAAAUGAAUUAAACAAUGACCUUGUGAAUUGGAAAGUAAUUUGUGCAACAAGAAACUCUUUAAGUUGAAGGAUGAUUGAGGAUUAUUAUGACAGCAGUAUGGUUGAUGGUGUGCAUUCACAAUGGCAAUGGGUUGUCUUUUUGCCAAAGAGACAGUUUUUGUAAUAAUAAUAAUGAUAAUAAUAAUAAUCAUAGUUAUAGCGCUUUACUAAAAAGUUAUACUAUGUUGGACAAGCGCAAAAGAUGCUACAUAUGAAAACAUAAAACAAGUUAAAGAAAGCCAAAUAGAAUAUAAGUAUCAAUAAAAUAAAAGUUAAGAAGUGACUUACAGAUAAAUGUGAAAUCAGGCCACAAACCCUAUAAAGUACAUUUAUAUUAGUAGUAGGUCUACACAAAUUAGCCUAUAUUACACUUUAAAGAGAAGUCUAAAGCAUUACAAUUAAAGUAAAAGAAAUCAAAGUUAUGAGGUUAUAAUUUACUGUGUACACGAGACGUUUUGCCUGAAAAUAUUUUUAUGAACAGACUUUAAGCCAAUUAAGGUUUCUACUCUUUGUUGUAUAGCCUACCAGUAAUAAAACUUUUGUUGUUUUAUGUUGUUCAAGGGUGAAUCAGAGGUCUAUUA